AUGGCAGAGACCUACUACAAAGGCAUGUUUCAUGGCACCAUCCCGACCGUGACCACGGACCCCAAUUCCCUUGAGGCGGAAGCCAAAAAGUACCUGUCCAGCCGCUCGUACGCCUAUGUUGCUGGAGGUGCUGGCGAAAGGGCCACGAUGGACGCGAAUCGGAGUGCCUUCAGGGCCUGGAAGAUCGUCCCCCGCAUGCUUCGCGACACGCAGCCGCAGGACCUGUCGACGACCGUCUUCGGCGUGAAGUACCCGCACCCGUUGUUUAUCUCGCCGGUGGGUGUGCAGCAGAUCUUCCAUGACGACAAGGAAACCGGGAUGGCGCAGAUCGCGGCGGAGCUGGAGGUGCCGUAUAUCAUGUCCACGGCUUCUACUAGUAGCAUUGAGGAGGUGGCUCAGGCCAGCGGGAACGGUCCUCGGUGGUACCAGCUGUAUUGGCCUCAGGACGAAGAGAUCACCGCAUCAAUCCUCGGACGAGCCAAGAAGAACGGAUUUACCGCCCUGGUUGUCACGCUCGACACCUUCUCCCUUUCCUGGCGCCCCUGGGAUCUCGACUCCGGCUACCUCCCCUUCCUCAAAGGCCAGGGCAACCAAGUCCCCUUCUCCGACCCGGCCUUCCGCGCCAAGGUGAAGAAGCUAACCGGCAAGGAAGUCGAGGAGGACACGCUCGCCGCCUACGCCAUCUGGGCCAAGGAGACCUUCACCAUGGGGGGCCACACCUGGGACGACCUGGCGGUCCUCCGGAAGCACUGGGACGGGCCGAUCGCGCUGAAGGGGAUCCAGUGCGUGGAGGACGCGGAGUUGGCAGUGAAGUAUGGGAUGCAGGGGAUCGUGGUGUCGAAUCAUGGGGGGAGGCAGGUGGAUGGCGCGGUGGGGAGCUUGGAGGUGUUGCCGGAGAUCGUGGAGGCGGUCGGGGACAAGAUCGACGUGCUCUUCGAUUCUGGCGUGAGGACCGGCGCGGAUGUGGUGAAGGCACUGUGUCUUGGGGCGAAAGGCGUGUGCAUCGGGAGGCCGUGGGUGUACGGGUUGGGCAUCCGGGGGAAGGAGGGCGCGAAGGAGGUGUUGAAGUACAUUCUCGCGGACUUUGACCAGACGAUGGGACUGUCGGGAAUUGGGUCCGUGAAGAAUUGCGAUAAGACCUGGCUGCGGCGGUCGACGGCGCCGACGCAGGCCAGCUCCAACUGA